AUCACAAUGAAAACAUAUAUUUCAGAUAAAUUUCUUGUAAAAACAUUUUUGCUUAUUACGUGUAUAAAAAUCCUUUUAAUUCCAACAUAUCAUUCAACAGAUUUUGAAGUACAUCGUAAUUGGCUUGCAAUUACACAUAAUUUACCUGUUAAUGAAUGGUACAUAAGUGAAAAAUCCCAAUGGACAUUAGAUUAUCCACCUUUAUUUGCUUGGUUCGAAUAUUCUUUAAGUAAAAUUGCAACUCUUAUUGAUUUUAAAAUGCUAAAUAUUAAUAAUCAUAAUUAUGCUUCUGUACAAACAAAAUUAUUUCAACGUUGUACAGUCAUAUGUGCAGAUUUAGUUUUUGCUUAUGGUAUAAGAGAAGCAGCACAAACUUUCUGUAAAUCAAUUCAAAAUUUUAUGGUAUUUGUGCUACUUUCAUUAUACAAUAUUGGUUUGUUGAUAGUCGAUCACAUACAUUUUCAAUAUAAUGGAUUUCUUCUUGGUAUAUUAUUAAUAUCAAUAGCAAAAGCUUCGAAAAUAUCAAGUCAAAAUGAAAUUUUACAAGGAGCUUUCUGGUUCGCGGUACUUCUUAAUUUAAAACAUAUUUAUUUAUAUAUUGCACCCGCAUAUGGAACUUGGUUAUUAAGAAGUUAUUGUUUGAAGGAUAAUCAAUUUAUUUACAGAUUUAUAAAGCUUGGAGUAAUUGUAACAUUUGUAUUUAUAUUGUCAUUUGGACCAUUUAUUAAUCAUCUACCUCAGGUUUUAUCAAGACUAUUUCCAUUUAAAAGAGGCAUUAUUCAUGCCUAUUGGGCUCCUAAUGCUUGGGCUUUAUGCGCUGGUGCUGAUAAACUAUUAUCUGUGAUAUGGAAGAAAUUUAACUGGCUUGAUAAUGUGAAAAUUGCAUCGAUGAGUGGUGGAUUAGUUCAAGAAGAUUCUUUUAUGAUUUUACCGACUCCAACGCCAAUAUUUACAUUUGUCAUUACCUUUUUAUUAACGAUACCAGCUCUUUGGACUUUAUUUUUUAAUACGAAUACUUACAAUAGUCCUAAGAAUUUUGUAAGAUGUAUUAUCUUGUGCGGAUUGACUUCUUUUAUGUUUGGUUGGCAUGUACAUGAAAAAGCCAUUCUUACAGCAAUAAUACCACUAUGUAUUCUGGCUACAAGUAAUGCUUUUGAUGCUAGGAUUUUCAUCAUACUAAGUUCAGUUGGACAUACAUCCUUAUUUCCUCUACUUUAUCCACAAGAAUUAAUGCCAUUAAAAUUGAUUCUGUGGUUUAUGUACUUAAUAAAAUCCAUAAUAUUACUUAAGAACCAAUUUGAUUGCAUUGGGUUAUAUUCUUAUGAACAAUUUUAUGUUGGAUUUCUUCCAGUGAUUACAAUUUAUGAAACUGUGAUACACAGAAUAAUUUUUAGUGAUAAAUUGCCAUUUUUACCUUUAGCAUUAACAUCCAUAUACUGUGGUUUAGGUAUUAGCUAUUCUUAUAUAAUUUAUUAUUAUGAAUAUUUAUUUAAAAACAGCUAUUGUAAUAGUGAAAUAAAUAAGAAAAAGGUGGAACAGUAA